CAAACCAUUUCUGUACGGGCAGAAGAAAUGUCUAGAAGGUUCGGAAAGAGAAAGGAAGAGAAUGAAUACGCUUCUGAAGGCGACAAUCCUCCUAAGAAAGCUUCCAGAACCGAUGAUUCUGACGAUGAAGAUGGCAUCGUCGUUUGUGAGAUUUCUAAGAAUCGAAGAGUAACAGUUAGGAGCUUUGGAGGAAGGAUAAUGGUGGAUAUUCGAGAGUUUUAUGUGAAAGAUGGCAAGCAAAUGCCCGGCAGAAAAGGCAUCUCAUUGAGCAUGGAUCAGUGGAAUGUACUGAGAGAGCAUGCAGAUGAAAUUGACGAGGCUGUUGCUGAGAACAGCUAAAUGUUGGAAGUGGCUGGCUAUCAUGUAGUUGGGUGUAUAAUGGAAUUGGAACUAGGAGAUGUUUUUCCUUGGUACUGUUGUAGAUUAGAUAAUGGAUAAAAGCAAACAUGUUGUAGUA